AUGUACCCAGAAAAACCAGCGUGUCCGAAGGCGAAGAGGACGAAUGAAGGUGAACCGAGUUUUAGAACUACUUUUAUCUUCCUCUUCGCCUUACUCCUUCGUCCCCUCGUCGCUACGCUUAGAAUAGCCCGGGUCUGCGUGCCUCCGUCAGUCUUGAAGGAUCCAAACUCAGGAAAAGUUUCUGUUCCCCCACCGCCCGACGUGAUGGUUGUGCCAAAGCCUUUUUUGAAUGUGACACAUUCUUCUGACCCUCCGGAUUCUAAUACGAAGAUGGACACUGAUGAGGAUGUGAGUGAGGUUCUGGAGAAUGGUACGUGGGAUGCAGGUCAAAUCUUGACUAUGCUGCCACUGGACUGGGCUUUGAAAGUCAUUGGCUACCCGUUACCUCGGAUAUGCUACUUGUCAGAUAAAUUAAUGUGGAAAUACACACCUUCAGGAAGGUUUUCUACAAGGUCAGCCUAUAAUGCUAUGUUAAAUAAUCUAAUAGGGGAGACCCCUGGUUCCUAUAAUUGGCUCUGGAAACUCAAGGUGCCUGCAAGGUGGAUUUACUUCAUUUGGUUAGCUCGAAGGGGCAGGCUUCUCACUAAUGAAAUGAGGGCGAAAUGGCACAAUGAAGCCAAUGGGACUGCCCCGAAGUUGCUAAUAUUUGGAGAACAAUGGGUGCCGUUUGAUUUGUGGCAUGAAUUUUUCUCUGCUGAUUUGCAAGCCUGGAUUGAUGACAAUAUUGUAUUGAAGUCCAUGCCAAGAGUUUUAGAUUCAGAUUGGCGAUUCAUUUUUGCAACAUGCUUAUGGAGAAUAUGGAAGAGGAGAUGUGAAGUGGUCUUUAACUCGAGCUGCGUG